CAAGGGACUCGUGGAUGGUCACGACCGAAGCUGUAUAAAACGGCAUUUCGUUGAGUGGUGACGACGCAUUCGUUGGGAGCUUCUAGUCUGGUUUGACCGGAAAUCGAGCAUGUCGAAGGACUCCCAAGGAAGCGAGCCAGUGCCUCGCACCAUGGUUCUCGACCUCGUCGACGGCGUGCUCGUACCUCCGAAGUCUUUCCGUCGCGACGUCCUCAGGGACGCGCUCCAGUACGAGGCACGCCCUGACGACAUUUUCUUGGCGACCUACCCAAAGACCGGGGCCACUUGGACCCAGUACACCCUGUGGUGCCUUCUCAACCUGGACAGCGACAAGACGCAGACAAUGCCCACGUUCACAGAAAUCAUGACGAAGUGUGCGCCUUUCCUGGAACUCGUGGGUCGAGAAGUUGUCGAAGCACUCCCGGCACCGCGACUGAUCAAGCACCACCUGACUUUCACGGCGUCUCCGUACCACCACGACGCGAAGUACGUGGUCAUCGUGCGCAACCCGUUCGACUGCGCCGUCUCUUUUUACCACCACUGCAUGGGAGACCGGGUCAACUUGAGGAUGCGGGCCGACACCACUUUCGACGAGUUCUUCGAAGACUUCAUGGACGGCCACGUAACGUUCGGCCACUACUUCGAGCACAUCCUCUCCUGGUACGCCCACCGGAACGACCCGAACGUCUUCUUCUUCUACUACGAGCACUUCAAGAGCAACCCCAGGAAGACUGUGCUGGCGCUGGCGAAGUUCGUCGAUUCUUCCAUUUGGCAGAAGUUGCGCACCAACAAGGCACUGCUGAACGGCUUGUUAGAGCGCAUCUCUUUCGCCAACCUUAAGUCGAGUGUCGUGAUCGAUGGUGACGUCCACCAUGCGUUAAACGACCAUAAACAUUGCGCUGCAGAAGACGACGCAAAAGCAAGUGAAACUAAGGCGCCUGGUAAAACUGCAGCGCAUGAAAGUGCCGGUGGUGCAGAUGACACCUCGAUGACCCCAGAUGAUCGUGCUAAAAACUUACAGACACCUGAGGAAGAAAUCGUGUCCCUUGGCAACUUUUUUCGCAAGGGUCAAGUGGGUGACUGGAAAGGCUACUUCAAGCCAGAGCAGGAGAGGCGCCUGCGCGAAAUGUACGAAAAACGCAUGCGCGGAACGGAGAUGUGGGACGUUUGGAAGGAUUAUCUGGAUUACCAUGACUGAGAGGCCACUGCCAAUGUCUGUGCAUUAAAGGAUCACCAGAACCGAAAUUUGGGAUACGUUUCAUCGUUUUAAAAUACUGGUACGUGCGAUCGCUUAUCAUUAAUAAUUAACGAAGGCUCCACCAGCGUGCAAUAGCAUUGUGUGACACGCUUUUAACUUCUAACACUUUUGGCUUUCCAUGUUGCUGAAUAAGAAAUAAUCUACAGCCCCUGCUGUGGACAGCACUUUCUGAGCUCCAUGUCGUUGUGUCGACCGAGGCCGUGGUACUAGCAUUUCGAUGCAGGCGAAAGGGAAGAAGGACCGCGUACUUAGAAUUAGACACAUGUUAAAGAACCACAGAUGGUCAAAAUUAAACCGAAGUCCCAAACUACGGCGUGCCUUAUAACAAGGUCGUGGCUAUAGCACGUGGAACCCCAUAAUUAUUUUUUUAACUGAGUAUAUUAUUCGGCACUAAAGAUUACAAGAUUUAUGCGUAAGUAUAAACGGAGUACUUCGAGAAGGGCUCUAUCGUACCCCUCCAAUCGAACUUCAAUAGACUUAGCUGCCUUACAACUCAAUAAAUCUGAAGUGUCAUUUCUUUUUCUUUUUGACGGCAUAGACUGGUUAUAACUCAGCCUUGACUAAGGAAAUUUGCUAAGGACGUAAAAAAACCGGGACAAACUGCAGUUCUUGAGUUCUUAUAAAGAAAGGACGAAGUACUUAUAUCGCAGUUGACUCGAUUGUUUAAUAUUUUAAUUAUAAAAUAAUGCCUCCUUAGCUUCGGCUAUAAAAGUUCUAAAUAAUACACUGACGCAAAAAUAACGAGGGAGAAAGCAGUGAAGGAAGAAAAGGUAUCAACAACGCACCAAACACAAAAACACAAGUCACAAGUGCCCAAAUAGUGUAUGAGUAUUAGCACCAGUGAUGCAUUCCAGUAGUCGCGGUGAUCACUACUGCAAAAAUAUGCUGCUUACCGUGUUUAAAAUAUUGUUUUCUAAACACACCUACCUCUGCGCACAUAGGCAUGCUCUUCGAACGCUAUGAUUUCUUGCGACAGUACUACCACUGUUAACACAAAUUUAAAACCACCAUAAAUAUUUUUUUAGAGUUCGUAAAGCCGCACAUACAAUACACAGACGGAUACAACCAGUAGUAUUGUAGCACUUAAUAAUUGCUCGUGCAAAUGCAUUAAACAAGUCCAUGACACAGGCAUACGCUAAAAGAAACAACAAUUGAUGCAGUAUGUACGGUAAAAAAAUGGCAAUUUAGCUUUUAUCACUAAGAAAAAAGAAAGCACGACAGGUGCUCGUGAGCCCGAUAAGAAAUACUGAUAUAGCAGCUACUAGGCACGGAGCAAGGUCCUGGAGGAUAUAUAACCGUGCGCACGUAUCAGCUGUCCAGAUGUAAAUGCUGUCGACAGCAAAGCAAGAUAACAAUGGUUUGUGCGAUUGGAACGGGCCGGCAUAUACGCUGCCACAAGUUGACUCGACACCUCGUUUCGAAUUUCCUUUCGGCUUCUCGUAGUUAAAUAUCCUACACAAUUAUAACGAAAGUGCAGAGCGCAAGAUGGGCACGAGGACAAGAUAGAACGUGGUACGAGCACUCUUGUAUUUUUCACUAAUUUUGUGGUCACGCAUCCUGUGGUGAAUCUAGCACUAUAGAUGACUGUUAGGUUGAGCGUUUCGUAUAGGUUUUGCUAUCUGCUGGGUGUUAUUCUGGACGAGUAAAAUAAGUUCACUGUCGGGGUUUUACGCACCAAAAUCCCGGUCGCAUUAUAAGCCGCGCCAUGUUCGAAGACUACGGAUUAAUUUUGACCGCCUAGGCUUUAUUUAAGUGCAUUUAAGUUUAAGCACCCGGGCGUUUUUACUGCGAAGCUGGAUAUGGCUGGCCGAUUCGUCCGUCUGUCAACUGUACGCCGAAAGCUCCUCCGGCGCAAUUCCAUGCAAAUGUGCAAAAAAAAAAAAAAACGAUAAAGAGAGGCGCUCGAUUGGCUGCGCCAGUAGUGACCUCGUUGCUCUCCGUCGCAGCAGAGCGCACGCGAAGCAGUUUCUCCCCUGCUCCGAAAUGGGUAGCCCACGCGUCAUACGUACUCCUUAAGAGCAGGCAGCUUUCGAUCAGCAACGCGGCGAUCAGAACCGGGAACGAGCUCGUCUACGCUGUGCCGAUACUGCAGCCCGGGCUCAAGAACAAGCUCGUGCAGCCGAGUGCAAGCAGCAACUGCGUACAGUGGAUCCGGCAGCCUAACAAGAAGUCGUUUAAAGAACCGUCAGGAUUAACCGAUUGAUAAACACCGGGGCCGCACGUUUCAGCUUCGCUGGUUAACCAUCAUUACGGUGUGCUUCGGCAGUGAUAUUAUUUGCAUUUCGCCUGCAUCGAAACGUAACUGCCAGUAUCGAACCAGUGACCUCUAGUUCAGCAGUGCAACUGCAUAGCCCCUCGGCUGCCGCGGCGUGGUUUAUUCCCAGAUGUAUAUCUGUACAACACAUGAUUUCGAUAAUAAAAUUCAGUUGC